UUACUUAUAAAGCCUGGCCCACUUUUCUUCGAGCCACUCAGCGGGCAUUCUCGGCAUUCGUAUCGUAAAUGUGGGUCAGAGUGUGAGAGGCUUCGAUUACUUAGAUCAACACGCGCCUCCAACAGAAGCAGGCGAAUCCAUCGAUGCAGGAAUCUGAUUGACGAUAAGAACAAUUCAGAUGGACUUUCAUUCACACAAUUGGUUGGAAUAUCGUACAGUGUGCAUUAUUGUCUGAUUUAAACAAUAACUUUUGGCAUUCCACACAUAAUAUCGUCCUGUUUGUCAUAUAAGGCCUCAAGCGCUUAGAAGUGUCCUCUAUUCAAAUAUGAUUUAUUCUGGCGGAGAAUUCGUUGAUAUCAAAAAUUGUCCAUGCGUGGUCUUCAUUUAUGAUCUGAAGGACCAUUGAAAUGUUCUAAAUUCAAUCUAAAACCACUACAUGUUCAGUCGCAUUGACGACGUACGGCAACUGGAAUCCGGAGUAUAGGCAUUAAUUGGUGAUCUUCGGAUUGAAUUUGAUCUUGACUGCUACCGAUCUUUGAAGACAGUAUCUCAUUUGCCAGACUUACUCAGGUGCCCGUUUUGCUUUGGAUUUCAAGAAAAUUUGACUACUACCGCUUUUAGAUUGAUCGACUACACGCUAUACUUUGUACAAUAUACGGGCCCGUAUAUACACGAAAGGGUGGUCUAAAUCAAAUUCAGGUUUUUUUAACGGAUUAUUAGCAAAGACUUAUUACCUUAACACGGAUUAAUGGUGGCCGCAAUGUCUCAGCCGGUCUCUCACGUUCCCCCCGGGCACGGGGAGGCACACAUCCCUGGGCGGCGACACACAAUUAACGGAGUCCGACGCAGCAAAACUGUGGACUUCAGCAACCUCAACGGAUACGCCUCGGAGGACAACGGAAGAGGGGAUUACACGAAGCAGCGUUCCAUCAGUUUCUGCAAUGGGGUGACCGAUUUUUCUCACGGGAUGCAUCGGAUUGUUGAGGAGGAUGAGAAUAGAAAGGGAACGGACGGGCCUUAUCACGCUAGGCCCGCGCGGGCUACCUAUGAUGAGGGGCCAGCCAAGCCCCAGCGCCGGAUCUCCGACACGGCAAUGCCUAGAGACUACAGCUACUCUCCUGCGAGGGAUGUUAGGGAGUACACCCCGUCACCGACGAUCUCCCCUUACGGGAGUAAAAACAGUAUUGAUAGCGAACCCGAGAACAUUAGCGUUCAAACCCCGCGCGGCAAAUACAUCCUCAUGCGCUCUUCGUCCGAUACAAAGGCGGUACCAGACCGGACUCUGACUCGUCACCGCAGGAUGAGCCCGAUGGCUUUAUUCUUCAUGCCCCUAAAUGGCGGCAUGUCAAAAAGCUGCGACGCUGAGCUUCUUCGCGAGCCGUUACGCAAGCAACCGCCUCUGUACCGCCAAGCCUCCUUGGAGGAGCAAGUGCCCGUUGACACUGGAACCACUAAAGAAUACGUCUACCUCCGCGGUUACAGUCAAAGCUCAUUUCUCAGCUCAUCAAACUCUUCUAAUGGCAGCUCAACUAAAGUUGUGAAGCAACAAAACGGGUAUUAUUCUGACUCUAGUGAAGAUCUAUUGGGUAGCAGCCACGGUAGCACGACCAGUGGCAGUGCUAUCAAUGUGAACGGUUCGAACAGCACAUCCCGGCCAAGCGGGGAAGUGCGGUUACAGCGGUUGGUGGACACACUCGGCUUGGCCGAAACCCCACGCCGUAAUGACACACCUAAAAUGGAUUACUAUAGCUCCGAUGAAGAUGAAGAUGACCAUGGAUUUCUCAGUCAUAAUUCCUUUGCCUCUAAUUCGUAUCCUUCAGCUAUGCACAAGGCCAAGUCACCGUCAGCCACCAGGAGGAUCCUACCCAAGAAAUGGCGAACGAAAACGAAGUUGUUGAAAAGUGUAUGGACCCCGGAGGGCGACAAUACCUGGGCCCAUGUCUCAGGGAAGAAGGUGGUCCUCGGAAACACCACUCUACUGAAUCUCUCAGAAGUAGAACGAUUAGCAUUACAGAGGUUAGCCAUAGCCAAACUACAGGCUAUGAGCUUGGGGUGUGGAAUUCUUAUACCAAAAGAUGGUUCGCCAACCAAACGCCAUAAAAGGACUGCCUUUUCUCUGAAGAGGGUCCGAUCCAAUUCAGGGAAUCUUACGGGACUCUUAGACAACUUAGCUAAGACAAAGGAGAAGGAAUCAAAAGAAUCAACCCAUGGCCUCGUAUUUGGCAUCCCGUUGUCAAGGUGUCUUGCCAAUGACCUUGACCACAGACGACGAAGGUCAUUCUCGCUCCAGGAACGAAAGGACAGCCUUGACCUAUCAAAUAAGAACAGAGGUGCAAGAAAAUCCAGCAGUUCAUCCAUCAGCUCAACAGAUAACCUCAGUCCGCACCUUGAUAGGGGGCCAAUGUGUAAUUGCGACUCCUUACCCCGCCGAGAUAAACCCAUGUGCCAUGACCAGACGUCAGCGAGUACUAGUCUUAUAGAUGCCUUAUCCCUUCACUCCACGUCGUCAGUAUCUAGGAGAGAGGACGCCAAGUCAACUAUUGACCGUAGGAAAAGUUUGCUACCGUCAGUACCCCAGGUUCCAAACGUGGUCAACACGUGUUGUAAACAUUUAGAAACUUAUGGUCUACAGACUCUGGGUAUAUUCAGAAUAGGUAGUAGUAAAAAGAGGAUAAAACAGUUGCGCGAAGAAUUUGACACUGGUAAAGAAGUGAAGUUAAACGAAGAACACAAUCCUCACGACGUUGGUGCUUUAUUGAAAGAAUUCUACAGGGACUUACCCGAACCCUUACUCACACGGGAGCUCUACUCGGCUUUUAUAGCAACGAGGAAAUUAAAGGAUAAGCACCAGCAGAUCACCGCCUUGCAACUCCUGGUUGGCUUACUCCCAGUGCCGAAUAGGGACACAUUGUGGUCCCUGCUCAAGUUUCUCCAUAAAGUCGCCGAACAUUCCACAGACACUACGGAUGAACAAGGCCACGUGUUAUCGGGCAAUAAAAUGGACGCUCACAACCUUGCCACCUUAUUCGGCCCGAAUAUUCUCCACAAGGUGAAAGGCGGCGCAGGACAGGAGUUCCAAGUCGAGAGUUUGGACAGGGCAGAGGAGAGAAAGGAGAUCAUUGAGAUCGUCAGAGAUAUGAUCAUGUUCAAUACGAAGCUCUAUGAGGUUCCUAGUGACCUCCAUGAUGAUGUGCUGAAGGCGCUCGUCGAAAACAAUCCGGACGGUCUUGACUUCCUCUUGAAAAGGAAAUGCGACGACAUGCAAAUUACUAUUGAAAUCGAACCUGAUACGUCUAGUGGCGUAUACGAUGAAUGCGAUUCGCCACCACUAACAGCCUCCCCGGCGCCGAAACGCGAGGGCAACAAAAUCCGAACACUCAGCGACGCAAUUUCCAUGAUCCACCAUCACAAGCCUCUUCGGUCGACCUGCAGCGACGCCGUGGUCCAAGCGCAGAAAUCGCGACCGCGCGACUACCUGACUGUCCCUUCGCGGAAUAACUACAGGCGCAGUAUGCCUGACCCUAGUGUACUAGUGACACAGAACUACUCUGGGUCGGACAACCUACCCACUCGAUCUGCCUCGGAGAAAGCUCCGAGUAAUAAAUCGUUGGUUUCGUCUUCAAGUAUCGUAAGAACUAAUUCCAGCCCGGUUGUGCUGCGCCGGCAACAACAACAACAACGGAAACAAGCAAAUCUGACUGUCGAAACCAGUAACCUGGAUGAUGACAUGACGACGUGUGGUUACGGUAGUCGAUCGCCAUUGCGUGGAUCUUCGAACAGUGUAUGUUAUCCGCAGAGCCCGACAAAGUCUGCUUUGGCUUCGGGGUCGAGUGGGUCCCUUCAACGUAACAUGCAGAGAUGGUCACUUGCAACGCCGCCUAGUAGCGGUUCAACGACCCCACAAUCUCCCCGUGUUUUAAGUCCGGAUCACAAAGCUACAUCCUCAACGCAGAGGCCUUUGGGAUUUUUCCCAGCAGGGAAUGUAACUGAUGCGCGUGCGCAGAGUGCAAGUUUGGGAAGAAAAAGUGCCUCACCGGAAUGGCAACAAGACGAAUGGCAGCAGUGGGAAAAUAGUUCGUCAAAACGGCCCGUGCCAGAAAAGUCGAUUGAGCAGGAGACGCUGGUGUGAUGAGAUCAUAUCAUAUGUUGUGUCACGUGAUUUGGGUAUUCUUUUUUGGACAAAGCAUUUCGACGGCAUUACUGUGUGUUCCAAAAACGAUGCCUGACUUGUAAAUAUGUUUAAAACUAUCGGGAGACAUUUUUGUCUCGUAAUCUCAGGAAACACUCAACAUUAUCUUACACUAAAAGACUAGUGCACCAACUGUAUUCUUCUUAUCAUUUUGAUUGGUAAUUUCUCCUCUUGACGCCAUCAUUAUAAUACUUUACUCUGCGGCAAAAUAAGGAUACUUGCUUGGUAACUAUGUAGUACGAAAUAUCCAGGACUAAGUGGGGGUACAAUGCGUCAUAUGUCAAGCUAUGGUUUGCCAGAGCGGCGUACUUUCGAAGGAAAUCGCCUUCGGUACCAUCUGCGAGUCGGGCGUAGCAUGUACAUCGCCGCGCCAUCUCUUGCAUGGGGCGCCUCAAUUGGGGCGUUGGUGCCUUGGCGCGGAUGCGCAGAAGUUGCUGAUCAUUCAGGUUGUUUGCUGGUGCAGGAGGAACUCGAUUAAAAAACACUAUAUUCAGGAUUGAGGGUCAAGCAGCUGCAGAGCGUAAAAUCUUGUAAUUCAAUGUAUAACGUUGAUGUGUUUUACUAAAUUUUAUUGUCGAUUGCAGAUUUUGAUGUGCUAGGUCUUACUACAAACAUGUGCUGUUUAGUUUUCUAGGUUUCAUGGAAGUAUGAACUGUGUUUGACGAAUGGAUUGGUUUACCCCAGUUGUGUGGGCCAAGUGCAGAAAGAGGACACCAGACGUAUACGUCACGGCUAUAACGCCGUUCGUACAUCAGUUAUUCUGUACAUGUACGUGACUGCAAGUAUAGAUCCGGCCAUACUUGAUGACUGGAAUGUACAUGUAACAUGUACAUUUGCUAUGGGUAUUUGCACUCAGUGUGUCCUUCUUGGGGUAAAAGGACCGGUGCACAUUAUCAAAAUACACUUUUAUAACACACUGUAGUACACUGGCCAUCCCGUGAAUGGUCACACUUUCAGUGGUUUGGCUUAUACAUGUAGAUAACGCAAAGCAUAAUCAUAAAAUAGUUCAGAAUAUAAAUGUUAUUAUGACGUGUACAUAUCUAUACAGUGUAUGGUGUACGAUAUUUCUUAAGAGGCUGCAUUUAUUGUCCAGCAUAAACGCCAAACGUGCUUUAAGUAUUAGCUAUUUCAGAUUGUAAAUAUGUUGUAUUUUCACAAAAGACUUUCUGUCACGUAAAUCAGUGUAUAAAAAUGAUUAUAUCAAGUGUUUGUCAGCGCAGAUGCUUUGGCAAAGCACAACUUCUGCCUAUAUUCACCACUGUAUGGACGGCAGCAGCGUUGUGGUAGAGUUGGUGAUUGCCUUGUAACUUGUCUAGUUGGUUAUACCAAGAAUUUUAAUACUUGGUAUAACCUUCUUUCUUCCAUGCUUCGUCGUUCGUAGGGUUUGCCAAAACUGCCUAUUAUCAUUGCUUGCCAAUUCUCUCGUUUUUGUCUCGUGUGUUUUGGUUAUGAUUGCGAUUUAUGGGCGUGUUUCGAGGUAAUGUCGAGAUAUAAGUUACAUUUCUUCUCUUUAGAGGGCGUUAAAUGCUAUACAAUUCCAAACUGUGCAGAGUUUGGAAGAUGUCUGGGUGCAUUUUUUAUGCUUUUCCCGAUCCGCCGUCUGUACAAUAUGAACACGGUAAACUACGUCUCGAGACACUCCUUGUUUAUGUUCAGUGUGAAUGCCGGGUGAAUGAGAACGAUAAGACUGGGUGGGUGUAAUCGCGUUGUGCAAUGUAUCGUUUUGAGUGUGUGUCAGCAGAUCCGACCUAGAAUGUAUGAGGCGUUUUGCACCCCUUUUCAAUUUGCUUUAGCCAUGGUUUUCUGCCUUGAUCGAUUCACAGGCCGUUCCCAAACUCCCUCGCUCGAGAUUGUGUCGGUAUCGGGAGAAUGAUGAUGUUGCUUGCAUCCUAAAGCCUGUCCAUCUCCGAAUGGCGGCCAGCCCGUCAUCCAUCAGACCGAUGGAAUUCACGACUGGCACAGUGUGAUUGUGGUGUGUCCGUUGCGGAGUGCAAUUUCACAUAAGCCUGCAACAGCCUGAUAUGUGUGUUUGGCUCUGUUGUAACCAGAACGGAAGGAGAAUGAAAGUAUAGGCUAAUAAAAACAGAGUAAAAUAUGUUCAGUAAAUUGGAAAAUUGUGGUCGAGUGAGAGACGGAAUCUUUUAAAUGUGUUCUCGGCCCCAUGUGUGUGUUGACAUCAACUGGCGCGUGGUUCUGUACUCUAACUCCCACGCUGGAGUGUUUGAAUGAAAGGAGCUCGCGGUGAUCAUGGGUGAAUGUGGGAAAGUAACAGGCUAAUAUUGUCCACCUAUAAAAAUCAUCGUAUAACGAGAAAUUACGUAAUAAUGCAUUCUACUUAUCAAUUUACUGACGAUGGAUACAUUUAAGCCAGCAUUUCAAAGAAAUCGCCAGCACGAUAAUGAGUGCCUUUAUUCACGUGACAUGAUGCGAGUCCACCUGAUUAUUUCGGCGUCAGCGGAACACAAUAAAAUCGGGAUAUGACCAUUAAACUGAUAAGGGGGGUCGGCAGGCUGAUCUGGCGCCCCUAAUAAACAUUUCCCGAUUGUAUCAUGUCCGCUAAUGAAGUGGAACCAACCGGACGACUGACUAUGCGUGUUCUGUUAAUUGAAUUACCGCACUGAUAAAUAUCUGAUAGAAGAGAAAUUAUCAUUGCAGGCGAUGUGCAUUGCUUACAUAUUUUAUUUUCUGUAUUUAAUAGUGGGUUGCCCUUGUACCUAAGUAGAAUACUCUUAAUAUGUUAACAUGUUUAACAAGGCACUACGACAUUUGGCAACUACGUGUAUAUUAUGAAUAAACAUGGACAAUGUAUGUGAAGUGUACAUUGGUAAAGUUGAUCAAGACAUAAUUAUUGUUAAAGAUAUUUAAUGCUGGAAUAAAAUUUUAUA